UCUUGUAAAAUUUUGGAAAGAAUUUCAAAAAGUUGUAAAAGUAAUUAUAAAAAUGCCUCAAGAAAGUGAAAACCUAAUUCCCGAUAAAAAAUUUGAUAUCAAAACUGUGAAUGAAGACAACGAAGCCCUACAACAAAUUGCGGUGAAUUUUAUUUUUGGCAAUUUUGAGGAAGAACCUGAAGAACAUGUUGUUCCUGAUAGAAUUGAGCAGAGACCGGCAGCAAUAGUCGAAGAUAUACCUAAUUUGUCCUUUGAAGAUGCGACAUCGGGCAAUCUUCAUGAUAUGAAUACACCAGAUGCUGAAAGUAGUUAUCAAAUGAUUAAUAUUCAGUUUCGAGAUAAUGAAAGUAUACAGGAACCUUGGCAUACAAGUAAUCUGGAAGGAAAUGAAAUUAUAGAAGACGACCCGGACCCAGAUGACUACUAUUUCUAGAAGUGUUCAUAGUUAGCAAUGUUUUUCAGAUUAGGGAGACCACGGGAAAAGGCAAAUGGAGAGAUAACAAAUACUGAAACAUUAAAUUCUAAUGGCAAUUCGUAGGUGUGGUCA